ACAGAAACGUGUUUAUUUUCGAUAAUUUCCCAUCAAAAACCCGUUUUUUGUGCGACUCACAUCAAAUCGUUCCAAGUUUCCCAUCGAAACGGUGUACACAUCACCUUGUUGAUUCCACUCCUCAAAGGAGCAUAUCCGUUCUAUUGAUAAGACAGUGUGAUUUCCAAAUAGUGUAUAAAAAAUGAAGACUGAAACGUUCCACCUCCUCGCUGCCCUGGGGACAAUAAUGCUGGCAACGAUGGCCGCGGGUCAACAUCCAGCAGCCCGGCCAAUAAACCCGAAGGAGGUCAAAUGUCUCGUUUGCAAAGCCACGAUGAAUGAAAUGGAACUGGCCGUAUCGAAGAUCGACCCCAAGAAGAAGAUCGACGUAGGAGACUACCGGAUGGAUGCGACGGGAGACUCAAAGAAGAAGAAAACCAUCCUCUACACCAAAUCGGAGAUGUAUCUGACCGAGCUGAUGGAGAUGGUGUGCGACCGGAUGGAUGACUACGCUAAGGCUCGGUACAAGAAGAACGGCCGUCCGGUGGUGCUGAAAAUGAUGACCGAGACCGGCAUGAACCCGGAAAUGUCCGAAGUCGACUUUGUCCAGGAGGGUGACCUGAACAAGAGCUUGAAGCAUCUCUGUCUGGAAGUUGUGGAAGACCACGAGGAAGAAAUUCUGAAGCUAUUCCAACAGGAAGACGCUGUAAAGGAUACGGACAUCCGGUUGUGCUCACAGGUGGCCAACAUUUGCAACGAGCAACCGAUCGAGGAUGAUUACGAGUACGAAGGGGAAGAUGAUCGUGAUGAGUUGUAAAACAAUCCGGGCCAGUGGAGGAAUGCAACAGCCGAGCCAGUGUCGGAGCGGAAUA